UUCUUGAACAACUGUCUAAUUCCAUUGGGCUCGGCACCAAAUCGUGGAUCAUUCAUAAAUUGAAAGCCACUACGAUCGAUCAUUCAAUUCAUAAUUUACUCAAACGUGCGACUAAAAUGGAGAGAACAGUAUAAUAAAAUGUUGGUUUCUUCUGGCGGUCAUUUCAGUAGUGCUGUUUGUUUUAAGUAAAGCAACGCCCAUCAUAUCCAAAGAACACGUCCCAACUAAUCAUUCAACUUUCCUGUAUUUUGCAUACGGCAGUAAUUUAUGGACAAAAAGGAUUCAUUUCAACAACCCGUCAGCCGUUCGCAAAGGGAUGGCUCAACUGAACGGUUAUCGUUUAGGUUUUUAUAAACAGACGGGCGAGUCAAACGGUUGGAAUGGAGCAUGUGCGACAAUUUUUGACGAUAAAAAUGGCACAGUCUCGGGUGCUGUGUAUGAACUUGAUUUAAAGCAUUUGCCAUCGUUAGAUGAUCAGGAAGGUGUUAAUAAAAACAUAUAUGCACCACUUGUCAAAGAAGUAAUCACAUCCGAUGGUAAGGUAUUGGAAUGUCGUACGUAUCAAAUGUCCGGAGCACCAACUGAUGAACUCAAUUUAAGCGAUCCAAACAUUCCUUUCGAGAGAAAACCAUCAAAAACCUAUAUGGAUGUCAUUUUGCGUGGUUCUGAGGAGAGCCAAUUGCCACAAGAAUAUCAAAAUUUCUUGAGAAACAUUGUUCACAAUGGUAAUCUUGCAUCGCAGGAAUUGCUAGAUAAAUUGUUUGGAAAUUAUUAGUACCCACCAUCGUUCAUAUUUUUUACUGCAGUUAAAAUGCAUGAAAAAAAAAAACAUUCUGAAUAAUUCACAAUAAAC